AGGGAUGACUCCAUUUAGACUGCUUGGGAUCGAGCACCUUACUCGUGUGCCUCUCUCUCGGAUUGAUAAUCACCAUAUUGUCCGACACGACACUUCGGAGACUUUGCCGUGGCGUUCUUCCUUGUGAUUGGAUGACUUAGUGCCCGGCUUGUUCAUGAACCGACGCAAGAGCAGGUUACGAGGUCUGGACUGACGCGCAACUACCACGGGAAGGGACUCGUGCCCACAUAGUUUCCGCCAGGCUAAGAGAAUAAUAGCUAUACGAAUGCGAAAGGGUGUCUUUCAACAACCACUCUCCCCUACGGACAGAGACUCACCACCAGGUGUCUCCUCCCCUCCUGACUAUCAUCACCACAUCAUUGACCAUCAGAAUCAUCGUCUCCAAGAUCUACGUGGACCAUGCAAACUCGCUUGUUUUUACCUCUUCAGCACCCGGGUUCCCGAAGCCAGCCGCGGUAUUUCGGCCAGAUUAUUGCACCUUAAAUUCUCAUUCGGGCAAAGAUCGGUUUACAUCGGAGAGGGGGGAGAACAGAGAAAACACAACCAACGUUGUUCAACCCUCGUGAGGUACGAGUGCCGACCAAUCAAACCCAAUGGGAGACUGUCAAAACAGCGGCUCGGUGGGGAGCGUUGCACCUGGCGUGCCGGCAAAAGCUGGGCCGCGUCUGCGCAGGGAACUCGGACCAUGAAGCACCUGGAGAAAGAGCCAAUUCCAUCUCGACCUGGGUCAAGUCCAGAUCCAUUCGAAACCCACUCGCCCGGCGACUUUGCUCCUCUUUCUCGUCGCUAAUCUCCAACGGACCAGCACCAUGUCUGGGUGUACUCCAAAAUUAUCUGCACAAUGUCAUGAUGAUCGACCCAUAGGCCAACCAGCGUUGUCUGUAGUUUUUUUCGGGGAGGGGGGGAUCACGCCUCGAAUAGGAAAGGAGGCAAUAAUCGAAAAAUAGAGACCCCCACUCUCUCUCCGCGCAGAUUGUUGACUUUAGCCUCUCAUAGUCUCCAUCCAUUAUGCUCCCCCCCUCCCCAUGGUAGAUAUGUUUGAUAGGUUUUAAGUUGCGUGCAGUGGAAAAACAGGGCCUUGGAUUAUAUUUACCUAGUGUCCUCGGGUCUGGGAUACCGAGUAUGUUUUCUUUCUGGAAACUUUCCCAUUUGGUCCUCGUUCUCGCUCCCGUUGCUGCGUAAUGAGGGGAUGCCUCACCUGUCGGCUGCGCCAUUUGAAAUGUGACAAGACUGGAGCCAAAUGCUUGCGCUGCCAACGAUCCGGCCGCGAAUGUGUGCCCGCGCCUGGAAAGUCGGAGGAGCUUUCUUUUCGCCAUGGCCAAAACCCGUCUCUCCGAGGAAAGGGGCCCCCGAGGUAUGGGGAGAGCGAUUUGACCUUCCCCAAUGACCAGAUCUGGGUGGAAUCGUCGUCCGAAUAUUCCUUCAAAGAUGAGACCGACCAGACAGCAGCUGAGUAUCAUGUUGUACCGGUGACGGGCCAUUCGGCCUCGAGAUCACCAUCUGAAGCCCGAUCAACCCCGUCCUCCAUCAUGGACCCUCCUCUGCCCGGACCGAGUAACUCGAUCCCUUUCUACAUUGCAGACUCACGAGGCGGUUCUCGUUCGACCUCUGCACAUUCACCCCAGUCAUCCAGUAUGCCCGUUUCGACUCCUCGACUCGCCAAUGUCAAUGAAGCCUAUCUGCUCCGACAUUUCCAACGACAUCUUGCACCGUGGCUUGAUGCCGGUGAUCCCGAGCGACACUUUUGUGCGGAUGUAGCCGGGCGAGCCAGUGACUCCCCACUCCUCUUGUACGCCUGUCUAGCCGUGUCGGCAUGUCAUCUAUCCAGAACGGCAAAUACGAUUUCGCCCGAUGUGGCAGAUAGCUAUCAUGAACGAUGUAUCUCGAUUAUGCUCCCGGUUCUCGACAAGCCGGAAUUCGAAAUCGGCAUUGAUAUCCUUCUCAGCUCGACCGUGAUCCUUCGCUUCUUCGAACAAAUCUCCUCCCACACGCCCUCCAACGACCCACAGCGUCAUCUCCUCGCAGGCUCGGUCUAUAUCAGUUCACAUGUCGACUGUGCCAUAUCCGGGGGCCUCGCAUCGGCAUCCUUUUGGGUCUUCGUGAUCCAAGACAUCCAGUUCGCUCUUACGUACCAGAAAUGUCUUCGGCUCGCAUUUGCACCGUUCGACGACCGCCUGCAACGGUGGUGGGUCGCCAAGCCGGUCCUGAGCGACAGCGACUGGGUCAACCGGGCGAUCUGGAUCCUGGCCGAGACCAUCGACUUUUGUUAUAACGGCUCGGGUCGGAACUACGAGAGCCAUUCGGGGAUCGCGGGGGAAUCCGCUUUGAAACAGCGGAUUCGGGAUUGGGAGGGUGGCAGGCCGGACACCUUUACGCCGUUGCACGUUUCGCCGCCGGAUUCUAGGGCCGGGAAGCCUUUCCCCGUCGUUUGGUAUACGACGUUAUGGCAUUCUACCGCCGUGCAACACGUCUGUCUCGCCAAGGCCUUGAUGCUAAUCCGCGAAUACGAAGUAUACGACUAUACCAUCGAGCAGCGUACUAAACUCAAGGAACAAAUUUCAGAGAACCUGAACUACCUAUUCGGCAUAGCCUUUUCCGCAGACGACGAACCAUCCCUACGAAUCAUGGCGUGCCACGCACUCUGCGCCUGCAGCGCCUGGAUAGAUGACCCCCUCGCGCAGAACUUGUUGUUUGACCUACUGCGUCGGACGGAGAGAGAUAAUGGGUGGCCGUGGGCGUAUGUUGAGCAACGGAUUCUCCAUGCGUGGCAGGGGAAUUCACGAUGAAAAGAAAAAAUAGAUCUUUAUACCCUUUUGAUAAUUGCUUUGCAAAAUGAUACCACGGAGCGAGAAUGGAAUUAC